GAAGCCCGGUGCAAGCUGUGUCACUUGACCGUCUUAUGGGUCGUAACGACUAAUGCUACUCUUUGUUAAGUAAAUAGGUGAAAAAUCUUAGUCUGCGGCGAGGAUUACCCCAGUGAACUGUCGCUACCACCAGAUUUACUGACACGUAUCCUUGCGGGAAAAACCAGAUUGUCAGAGGUCACUUUCGGGAUUUGUUUCGACGUAGUUAGCUAACGCUAGCGUGUUAGCUGCUCAGACAACAGCCGCAGCUCGUGAGGAUGUCGCUGCACGGCAAAAGAAAAGAAAUCUACAAAUACGAGGCGCCAUGGACCGUUUACGCGAUGAACUGGAGCGUGCGUCCGGACAAACGCUUUCGGCUAGCACUAGGAAGCUUUGUGGAGGAAUACAACAACAAAGUUCAGCUGGUGGGUCUGGAAGAGGAGAGCUCGGAGUUUGUCUGCAGGAACACCUUUGACCACCCUUACCCCACCACCAAGAUCAUGUGGAUCCCGGAUACCAAGGGGGUCUACCCAGACCUGCUGGCCACCAGCGGGGACUAUCUGCGCAUCUGGAGGGUCAGUGACACCGAAACGCGUCUCGAAUGUUUGCUGAAUAACAACAAGAACUCAGACUUUUGUGCUCCCCUCACUUCCUUCGACUGGAACGAAGUUGAUCCCAACCUGCUGGGGACGUCCAGUAUCGACACCACCUGCACCAUCUGGGGACUGGAGACGGGUCAGGUGUUGGGGCGAGUUAACCUGGUGUCUGGACACGUGAAGACCCAGCUGAUUGCCCACGACAAAGAGGUGUACGACAUCGCCUUCAGCCGCGCCGGGGGCGGCCGGGACAUGUUUGCCUCGGUGGGAGCAGACGGAUCCGUCCGCAUGUUCGACCUCCGGCACCUGGAGCACAGCACCAUCAUCUACGAAGACCCCCAGCACCACCCGCUGCUCCGCCUCUGCUGGAACAAGCAGGACCCCAACUACCUGGCCACGAUGGCCAUGGAUGGCAUGGAGGUGGUGAUCCUGGAUGUCCGCGUGCCGUGCACGCCUGUGGCCCGGCUCAACAACCACCGCGCCUGUGUCAACGGCAUCGCCUGGGCGCCACACUCCUCCUGCCACAUCUGCACCGCAGGCAACCAUUCAGCCCUCAGAAAGGCUGCGGAUAGUGUUUUCAGACUUCUCCCUCGUGGAGCUGCAGCUCCCAUGUCUACCGAUGACCACCAGGCCCUGAUCUGGGACAUCCAGCAGAUGCCCCGUGCCAUCGAGGAUCCCAUCCUGGCCUACACCGCGGAGGGGGAGAUCAACAACGUGCAGUGGGCCUCGACGCAGCCGGACUGGAUCGCCAUCUGCUACAACAACUGCCUGGAGAUCCUGCGCGUCUGAAGGCCAGCGGCGCUCCUCUGGACUUUCGGGGGUCCUCCCCCCCGCGCUUUGGAAGGAGAAGGCCACGAGCGAACUCUCUGAACGUGUGGGGGGUAUCACACACGAUACUCCACAGUAACCUGGUUUACAUUUCCUCCACACCUCUCUACUCCACCGCUCCCCUAUGAAACAUGAUAGCUCUUAUUUAUUUUGCUCAGCAGGUAGCGUUCAGCAGCCGUAACACGCGCCGGCGCUCUGAACUCUGACUCUGUCUCUGUUUAUGGACAUCCAGACUUUUCUACUCGAUGCGAUUUCAGCCGGCCGUGAGAUUACCACCAAGGAUUUUGAUGUUUUGAAUUUCACCCGCUCGGUUUGUGGAGAUUCUGGAGGUGGGGGGGGCAGAGGACGGCCUGUCUGACAUAUAGGGUUAAGUUGUAGCCUUGGUGUGGAUGCGUACCAUAUUGGUGGGUCAUGGAUCAAUAUAUUUCGUCUUGUUUACCUAUGUGGCAGGCCGGCCGUCUAAUCGCCUCCUCUGUGGGCGGUUCGUCUGGCCCGGGGCUCGUUAUCCGUGCGGCUUCUUGUAAAUAACCUGAGAGGGAUUUGCGCCGUCUGUCACUCGUAGUUUGGCCGACGCUGUGAGACAGCUUUGUACGGCGGCACCCUGAACCUACCGGAGCAACGUCGUUCAGCCCUCUAGCUCCCCGACUAACCUCUCCUUCCUCUCUUUAUUUGUAGAUAAAGCUGCAUUUUUUUUUGUUAGAGUGAGGUGUGAAAUGAGUGGGGGCGUUCUCAUCGUGUCUUUGCUUCUUUUUUUUGUGUUUAAUAAUCCAAGGUCCUUGUAGCAUGCCAUUACAAGGCAAAAUGUACAUACAUAUAAAUAUAUCAACUUCAGAUGUUGGUACGCCAAGUGUUCAUGUCGUAGCUUUUUUCAUAAAGUUUAUUAUUGAAUUUGCUCUAAUAAAUUGUAUUCGUUCAUGUCUUAGAAACUAAAUGCCUAGUGUCUUUAUUUAUUCCAGGAUUUAUUCCCAUGCUUAGUUGGUCCUUCAGGUAAAAACUUUCAAUUCUGUCAAGAAAU